AUGGCUAUCAAUCAAGGUGAAGAAAUGAGCCCUAGCACGAGCAGAAACGACCAAUCCGUCAUCGAUGCUGGUAAUCCCCUUUACAUUCACCCUUCUGAUAAUCCCGGAAUGACUCUAGUACCAAUUCGGUUUGACGGAAUUGGAUAUCGCUCAUGGAGAAGGAGCGUGUUGCGAGCUCUGUCAGUCAAGAAUAAAUUAGGGUUUAUAAAUGGGGAAUUUGUGAAACCUAGCUCCGAUUCCCCUCAAUCCCGCCAAUGGGAGAGGUGCGACGACAUGGUAACCUCGUGGAUCCUCAAUUCCCUCGCCAAAGAGAUUUCUGAUAGUGUGGAAUAUGUAAGCAACUCAGCUGAGUUGUGGAGGGAGUUAGAGGAUCGUUAUGACCAAAAGAAUGGAGCGAAACUGUAUCAGAUUCAGAAAGAAAUCAACGACCUUACACAGGGUUCCUUAGACAUUACUGCGUACUACACACGUAUGAAGAGACUGUGGGAGGAACUGAGCACCUUGAGUGCUAAGUCUUAG